GGUAGUACAGUCGUCUCUUACGUGCAACUCCCGUCUCGUGUGUCAACGUUCCCCAGUGCGUGCGGAAUUGUAUUUAUACCUGUAUUUAUCUUGGUGUUUCGUGAAAGAUGGGAGAGCCAUCAGGAUUGACUAACAGUGAAGCUCGCGAGCUUUGCAAAGCCCCAGAUCCUGCAACAAGCAAAUAUAUCAUGCAACAAACAAUGUAUCGCAUCAAGGAUCCAAGAAGAUCCUUGCCCUUUUAUACCGAAGUUCUUGGUAUGACCCUUUUACAAAAGUUGGACUUCCCAGAAAUGAAGUUCUCCUUGUACUUUCUUGGAUAUGAGAAUCAGAAGGACAUACCAACCGACAGAAGAGAGAGUAUUGAGUGGACAUUUAAUAGGAAAGGAACUAUAGAGCUAACUCAUAAUUGGGGAACUGAAACAGAUCCAGAUGCAAAAUAUCACAAUGGAAACACAGAUCCCAGAGGAUUUGGUCACAUUGGAAUAGCAGUACCUGAUGUUGAAAAAGCAUGCGAAAGAUUUGAGAAAUUUGAUGUGGAAUUCGUGAAGAAACCAAACGACGGCAAAAUGAAAGGAAUCGCGUUUAUUAAGGAUCCCGAUGGUUACUGGAUUGAAAUCUUAAAUGCCUCUCAAAUUGCAAACAUUGCGUUAAGUCAUUAGCUUGUCUUGCAUAAAAGCAACAAAUCAAUUAAACACUUGGUUUGCACAUUGUAUUGACAUGUAUUAUUAAGUAAUGAAAAAUGCAAUCCGAAAUCACAUACAUGCAUACACACACACACAUACACAUGUACACACACAUUAUUGAAUUCAGUAUAUAGAACCAAAAAUCUGCUAUAUAAUUUAAUAAGAGUGAAAUAUAAUACGUAUUUAUAUGUAUACUAUAUAUUUUGUAGUAAAUGUACAUUCUCUCCUCUCUAUUGCAUUGUGUUAUAUGAACGGAGUAUGUAAAAUGUUUACACAUAAUUCUCAACAAAUAAAAAA